AUGCGGACCGUGACCGGCUGGAGAGUCUGCAUCGAUUACCGGCGCCUGAACGACGCCACCAGGAAAGAUCAUUUUCCCCUACCUUUCAUUGAUCAGAUGCUGGAGAGGUUGGCUGGUCAUGAGUUUUAUUGCUUCCUGGAUGGCAUGUCUGGCUAUUUCCAGAUUCCUAUUGCACCAAAGGAUGAGGCGAAGACCACAUUCACUUGCCCCUUCGGCACUUUUGCUUACCGGAGGAUUCCAUUCGGGCUGUGUAAUGCACCGGCGACCUUCCACAGAUGCAUGAUGGCGAUCUUCGACCGACUGGUUGGGGAGAUUAUGGAAGUCUUCAUGGAUGACUUCUUGGUUUAUGGAGUCUCCUUCACUCAUUGUCUCCAUAACCUGGAACUCGUUCUGAAGAGGUGCGAGGAGACUAAUCUGGCACUCAGCUGGGAGAAGUGCCAUUUUAUCGUCCGUGAGGGGAUUGUGCUCGGGCACAAGAUCUCCAAGCAGGGGAUUGAGGUGGAUCGCGUGAAGAUUGAGAUGAUCAGUAAGCUACCUCCUCCCGUUUCUGUGAAGGGGAUUCGCUGCUUUCUGGGUCAUGCAGGCUUCUACCGGCGCUUCAUUAAAGAUUUCUCGAAGAUUGCCCUGCCUCUGACCAAGCUGCUGGAGAAGGAUGCACCAUUCCAGUUCACUCCUGAGUGCAUAGCUGCAUUCGAGGCUCUGAAGGAGAAGCAUACCCAUGCACCUAUCAUGGUGACUCCUGACUGGUCUCUUCCUUUUGAGCUGAUGUGCGAUGCGAGUGAUUAUGCAGUCGGAGCAGUUCUGGGUCAGAGAGGCGGGAAGCACUUCCAGCCCAUCUACUAUGAGUCCAAGACCUUGAACGAUGCACAGGAGAACUACAUCACCACUGAGAAGGAGCUCCUCGCCGUGGUGUAUGCGUUUGUUAAGUGUGGGGGAGUUUGA